UAAGAGAGGAAUGUGAAAGGUUGCUUUUCGCCAAAACAAGUAUCGAUAGUAACUUUCAGAUCGUUUGCGGACAUGCAAGAGAAUCACAGAUGAAUUCCCUGGUACCGGCUGAGGCAAGAUUCUUGACUUUAGGAAGCAAAGCAGUCGGCAAAUCAGCUUUAACAGUUCGUUUUCUGACGAAGAGAUUCAUUGGCGAAUAUCAGUCACUUAUGCAACUAACCUACAGUCAUAAAAUCAAGCUGGGCGAUGAAGUUCUGACAUUUGAGCUUCGUGAUGCCAUAGAAAAGAGCGAUACAUCUCAAGUUGAUAAAGACAUCAAAUGGGCGGACGCUUUUCUCGUGGUGUAUUCUAUCACAGACAAAAACAGCUUUAACAAUGCCAUACAACUGGUUGAAGCAAUCUACGACGGCAAAGGUACAGACGAAUUGCAUGUCGCUCUGGUGGGAAACAAGAUAGAUCUAGAGCAUUUUAGAAAAGUAACCACAAAGGAGGGCCAAUCGGCUGCCGAACAGCUCGGAUGUAUGUUCUUCGAAGUUUCCGCUGCAGAAAAUUACGAUAAUGUUCAGGAGGCAUUGAACGUUGUCUUCCGAAGGGUGGCUCUUCACAAGAAAUAUUUGCGACAGGAGAAGGAAAAGCGCAAAAACACCAAUCCACAAAUAGAGAAGAAGAAACAGAAAUUUGGAAAUUCUCUUUUCAAUUGGAAAAACGAGAAAAAGAGAAGUCCAAGACGAGCAGACACACUUUGAUAUUAAACUUCAACGAAGUUCUGUUGACUGAACUGAUUUUAGAUGACUUGGAAUUUCCUCAAGAAAACCACCGUCUUUCACCCUCACAAAACAGCAGUAAAACAUCGUCUACAUUGUCAAUUGAAAGUCUAGGUCUAUCUGAAUCGGUCAACUAGUUGUCCUUCCAUCCAAAAUACUUCAGUACAUGAGCUUGGGGUAGAAGAGUACUCAAAACCAAAUCAGCGUUUGGAAAAUGGCGUUUUAAGUGAGAUAUCAAACUUGUCAAGGAAUAGCUUGAUAAGACUUUUCGUGCCUUCAACUUCCCUCGGCCGAGAUACACAAGUUCCCUACGAGAUUUAACCAGGUAUAAUGAUGCCCCAAAAGAAACUUAAGGAUUCUCUCGGAAUUACCGUGACGUUGUCUAAACGCAAUGAUCUACAAAAGGGUAGUCAGUUGUGAUCGAUUGUUUAUUUUCCUGUUCACUAUUUUAUGAAACGAAGUUUACUAGGAAAAAAAAAAGUCAUCAAACCGCACUGAUCAGGCUUCUAUACCACUAUCAAGGCCGAAAUUCACGUUCUGAUAGCUAUUUUGUCAAAAAUCCCAGCAAACCACAUGAAGGGCUUUGAAAAGCGGAGAAUUUUGUUAUUGGAGAGCCUGUUAAAUCCGCUACUCCCAUAAAACAAACCUGUUGACCUUAGUACAGUGUUAUGCUCUUACUACUGAUUUCAUACGCCGCAUGUAUACGUGACAUUAAGAAAAAGUUAACUGGAUAAAAAAAUAAUAGUCCAUCAAUAGCAAAAGGGAAACGUUGGGAACUAGCGUCGUAACAGCCUAAGAUCACCUCACGUCAUUCAGAUUUCCUGAGCGGUGUGGGAGUCAAGGUAUUAUGCCGCGCUCAGUAUAGAAAAUAGUUUGAACAUUAAGCAAAGAACUAAGUGCAUUUAGAAAUUCCAAUGAAGCCUGUUUAAGCCAAUUUGUCGCAACUAAAAUUAGUUGACAUCUGCCAUGAACUAAAUGGCUAUAAAAAGCUGGUGAUAUUUAUAGAAAAAUAACUGCAAUUUUUCCACGUAUGUCGUCAAUAGAUCCACUAAUUGCUUAGAAUGUGCACUGCACGGUGGGCAUAGUUCUCUAUUGCACGCCGAGUGAAGACAUUAAAGAUCCUCAGUUCCCCUACAUGGACGAGCUUCAAACUGGUAACAGAUCACUUACUCCGCAUUAAUAAAAGUUAUUGAAAAUAUAUCCUUAACGCCACCACAACAGGUUGGGACCUAACGGUAGUGAAUGCUUCAAUCAUUUGUCUUUAUGACACAUACGCUCUCUUCCGUUCCUACGUUCAUCUUUGACUAAAUUGCAGUGUUUAACCAACCAGUCCUUCACCCCUCCCUCCCUCCGCCAUCCCCGCUUCGCUGCGCGUUUAAGGCAUUGUACCUUCCUAACCCCACUGCUUGAGUUUUAACGUUUAAUAUAAAUAACGAGCUAUACAGUGUGUUUUCUUUGUUUAUUAAUCACUGAAAAUAUAGUUACUAAAAUAAUACAAAAAUAUAACGUUAGGAUAACACAUUUAAGUGUUUGAGCUAACAGAUUGUAACUUAGGCAAAUUGACAAGGAAAGUGUUCCAAACAGUACAUCUAGCGAGAGAAAAUACUGGGCGAGGUAAGCUUGUGAUUCCACUCGCAUACGCCUUUCCAACAUAAACGCUGUUUUCCGUUAGACACGAUUGCACCGGUUGUUAAUUCUGUUCUAAACCACGGUUACUUUCGAUAGAAACCUCGUCAAAGAAUAAAAAAAUCCUCAUAAAAUUUA